AUGACACAAACGACUUCUCCUAUUUUCAAUGGGGAAAUAUCGAUGAGCGGAAAUGAAGUUGUGAUCCCCUCGAAAAGUCAAUGUUUUGAUUUCUCUUAUUCAACAACAGAAAUCUCAUUUCCAAACAUCCAGACUAAUGAAGUUUCUACACUCUUUCUGUUAAAUAAUAAAUUGGUCAGGUUUUGCCCUAUCAAGUCCAUGAACAACACUGUAGUUUGUACAAUGAACACAGAUGGAUCUUUCACAGACACACUCUGCCCUUGUGUCUCAGACAAUAACACCGAUUGUGUUAUUCAAAUCAACUAUUUAUCAUUGACAAGUUUGCAGUUGGAUAAAUACAACCCAUCCAGAUUUUUUAUCGAAAAUAGAGACUCAACUUUUUCGAGUAAAAAGGCAGCGAACGUCAACGCGUGGAGUGCUAUAAAAAUUGGUGGAAAUUCCAUUUUCAAUUUUUUGGAAGGAUUGUCCAAUUUUUUUGUAGGCGUGGAUAAAGGAACUACCCUCUUUUUAACAUCGCAGUUCUAUCUCUUUGAUGACAAAAGCACUUUCUUCGAUACAGAAAUUGAAGUCACGACGUCUUCGAUCAAAACCAAUAAAAUGGCUGAAAAAACGAUAUUGUGCCAAUCGCUUUUGGUACAAAACUCAAAAUUACAAUGUAUAAAAUGUGAAAGUGGAUAUUACGAGUUUGGGACGGUUGGGUGUAUGCAAGAGAGCAACACUGCGAAUUGCCAAACGUAUGAUAAUAAAGGGAAAUGUGCAUAUUGUAAAAUACAGUACUACCUUGACCCGAUUAAUCUUAUUUGUAAAGACUGCCCAAAUUAUUGCCUACGAUGUAAUGAUACAACAUGUUUAUUAUGUGAUCAAAAUUACAUUUUAAGUGGGGGAAAAUGCUUGAGUAAAUCAAGUCAAUGCCAAAAUUCUUUUCAUGACAGAUGCACAAAAUGCGAAGUAGGGAAGUCAAUCAAUUCAAACGGAGUUUGUAUCAAUUGUGGUACGACGUGCGAUUCAUGUUCAUCUUCCGAUAAGUGUAAUUUGUGUAAAAAGGGAUUUGGAGUAUUAGCACAAAACAAAACAUGUGGAAAGGAAAGUUCGGUUUUAUACACGUCAAACAACAAUGCGAUUUCAUGUUACUCGAAUUUUGUAUUGGAAAACUCCACGUGUAUUUUGUGUUCAGAAAAAUAUCCGAAUUGUAUGGUUUGUGAUAUGAAUAAUUGCCUUGUGUGCCAAACAAACUUUAUAUUUACGGGUUCAAACCAAAAAUGUGUAUCAAAAGAAAGUGCACAUUGCAACGCAAUUUCUAACUCAAUUUGUAUUUCAUGUGAACAAAAGUUUUAUUUGGAGGAAGAAAACUGUUCACCAUGUGGAGAAAAUUGUGAUGUUUGUCGAAACAAUUCUCUGUGUUCGAUUUGUACAUCACCUUAUUACAACCACAAUGGAAUAUGCGAAGAAAAUAAACGUGACAAUUGUAACACAGAGGGAGAGGCAUCAUGCUUGCGCUGUGAGGAUUCUUUUUACUUUGACGACCAAAGUACACCAAUGUCAUCGAACUGUACCAAGUGUAGUCCAAAUUGUUUGACAUGCACAACUUAUUCUCGUUGUUUGAGUUGUUCAGAUUCACUCUUUUUGGUUGGAAACACGUGUCAAACGAUGAAUGAGGGAUGUACUAAAGCGAUGAUAUCAGGUGGCGGUUGUGCAAUAUGUGAAAAUGGAUAUUACCGUGAUGGUAUUGAGUGCAAAAAGUGUGACGAUAGUUGUAAGAGUUGCCAAUACAACACUGUUUGUUACGAGUGUUCCGAUAAUUAUUUCUGGGCAACGUCAACAUCCUGCAAGAAUUAUUCAUAUUUGACAAAUUGUGUAUCUGGUAAAGAAAGCGUAAAUGGGUGUACACAAUGUCUCGAUGGUUUUUAUAUUGCAACUCCUUUCUGCCUUUCAUGUCAAGAGAAUUGUUUACUUUGUGACUCAACCUUAUGUACAAAGUGUGUAGACAAUUAUAUUCUUAAAAAUUCACAAUGCUACGCACUCAAUCAAGUUGAAAAUUGUAUUAAAGCGAGUGAUGGACUGUGUACAAUGUGUAACAAAGGGUAUCAACUUAACACUGAAAAAAAUGGGUGUGUGUAUCAACUUAAUGUGUUUGUUAUAAUAGGACCGAUAAUCGGAGCUGUUUUGUUCAUCACUAUUAUUUUAUUGAUGUUCGUUUUUGUCACAUAUAAAUUGUAUAGCAGAAUACCCGCAGAUGAAAGGAAUAAGCAGAUUCAUAUUUUCGAUAUGACAAAAACAAAUGUCACGAUGAAGAGUGUGAACAAAAGUUACAUUGUCUCUGAUAAAGAAGCAAUUUUGUUUGGGUGUGAAACAAUGCUUCCUGUUGGUGUCAUUAGCACAGAUGUUUUGAAUGUAGGAAACAAAUCAAAGAACACGAUAAAGGUCCAGUUUGUAUUCAAGCACAACAUUCACUCUACAACAAAAUACACCCUCAACAUUUUCCCACAAGUAGUCACAUUGCGGCAAAAUAAAGCAUGUACUUUUAAUUUCCAAAUCACACCGCUGUGCACAACACGGAUAGAUGAGGUGUUAAUUCUCACUGUGAAAAACAUAAGCAGUGGUGUUGAAGACAAUUUUAGUUUUGAGAUGAGUGGCGACACUGAAAUAUCAACAUCAAUUGACCCAGACGAAUUGGUUGAGGAAAAGAAGAUUGGUGAAGGAGGUUUUGGAAUUAUUUACAAGGGAACUUUUAGGGAGAACUGUGUUGCAAUAAAGAAGAUGAAAACAAUAGUUGAGGAUGACGAAUCACUCAAUGAGUUCAAAAAGGAGGUACAAAUGCUUGAUAAAUUUAGAUGUGACUACAUAAUCUAUUUCUAUGGAGCUGUUUUGAUACCAAGUAGAAUUUGUAUGGUCACCGAAUUUGCAGAGUUUGGCUCGCUUAAAGACCUGAUACGAAAUUUUGAAGAACCAAGCGAGAAACUGAGACUGAAAUUCUGUCUGGAUGCUGCGAAAGGGAUCGAUUAUUUACACACCAACGGGAUCUUGCACAGAGAUAUUAAACCAGAUAACAUACUGGUCAUUAACUUAGACGAGGGUGUUGGUAUAAAUGCAAAGCUGACAGACUUUGGAGCGUCAAGAAAUAUCAACUUGUUACAAACAAAUAUGACUUUCACAAAGGGAAUUGGAACUCCAGUGUAUAUGGCUCCUGAAAUACUCAACAAAAAGAAGUACAAGACACCUGCAGAUAUUUACUCCUUUGGGGUAUCAAUGUAUGAAAUCGUGGGGUGGUGUGACGCAUUUCCACAGACAGACCCAAUGUUCAAGUACAGUUGGUGCAUCGCCAAUUUUGUGAUGGACGGGAAGAGGUUGCCAAAAACUGAUAACAUGCACCAAGAUGUAUACAAUAUCAUUGACAAAGCAUGGGCAUCGAACCCCAAAGAACGAACGUGUAUUAAGGGGAUUAUAGAUGAACUUGAAAAGUACUACAACACAUUCAACGCUAAUAUCGUUGUAGUACCUCAUUAA